AUGCUGACGGACAUGCCCUGCGAGAAGGGGCUCAACUUCCGCUUCUUCGACCAGCGCACGAACAAGCAGUGGUUCAAGGGGUACUGGGCGCUCGCCCGCAUAAUCCGAAGGAGAGUGUACUGCGAGGAAAUGGGAUUGACGUCGCAGCAGGAGUUCACAGAGAUGGACCCUACCAGCCGACACGUGCUCAUACAGAUGGGUGACGCGCCCCUGGGCUACGGGCGGUGGCGCUUCGAAACUGGACCCGCGGGGCAGGGGCAGGGACAGGGGCAGCAGCAGUUGCAGUACGCGAUGGUGGAUAGAUUAUGCGUCCUCAAGGAGUAUCGCCAGCGGGGGUUUGCCAAGUCCUGCCUGGAGAGGAUCGUGCACGACGUGUCCACCCAAACGGCGCAGAUGAAGACUGCGGUCGCAGCGAUCGUCGUGCCAGCCCCACCAAACACCUUCGCACAUCAGAAGCUAGGAGAACGAGGCUGGACGCCGCAGGACGUGGAACCUACAGUGCAACUUCGCGCCGAGGGAAAGGAUCGAGUUGGAGUGCAGAGCACUGCGAUUAGUUGUGUUUUGCAGGGAGACACGGUCGACUUCCACGGCACGCCGUACGUCCGGAUGUGUCUCUUUCCUUCGACCCAAGCGGUCACCGCAGGCGGAUGA